AUGGGUGCCGAAACAGUUCCACUGCAGGAACGCCUGGAGCGAUGGGCUCAAAGGCUGCAAAACCUCACCGUUUCCCCUCUGACCCGGGAUUAUCCCGACACCCAGAACCAAGAGGGACCUAAGAGAGCCAUUGAAGCUUUUGAGUCACUCAAGCUCCCCAGUGACACGACAUCUGCCCUACAGAAGCUCUCGGGGACCUCCUCAGGAUUUACUGUCUUUCUGACAGCUUUCGUGGUCCUUGUCGCUCGCUUGACCGGUGAUGAGGACAUCGCGAUUGGCACCAGUCUCGGGGACGAUGGCCGUCCUUUUGUUCUAAGAGUCCCAGUUGACUCUUCAGAGACGUUUCUUCAGCUAUAUGCUAAAGUUCAGAAGGCCUACGAUGAGGGGUCAGCCGAAAUCGUACCACUGGGCAGUCUCCGAUCCUAUAUCCAAGAGAAAUCGCAAUCCGAGCGACUGCCAACCCUCUUUCGCUUCGCUGCAUACGAUGCUCCCGCCGCUUCACAAGAAUACCCUGCCAACACGUUCGAGACGACGGAUCUGGUGCUCAACGUUGCGCCCGCGAGCACCUCGGGCCGGUCAACGGAGCUGGGAGCGUACUACAACCAGCGACUCUUUUCCAGCGCCAGAAUUAGCAUUAUGCUGAACCAGCUUACCCAGCUGGUCCAAAAUGCGACAAGCAGCCCAGAAACCGCGAUUGGCCGCAUCGACUUCAUGACCCCCGAGCAGCGCGCUCUGCUUCCAGACCCGACUGCCGAUCUCCACUGGUCCAAGUUUCGCGGAGCUAUCCACGAUAUCUUUGCCGACAAUGCUGAAAGGCAUCCGGAUAAGCUUUGCGUUGCCGAGACCAAGUCCGCCACUUCCCCUCAUCGCGAAUUUACCUACAGACAAAUCAAUGAAGCGUCGAACAUUCUUGGCCAUCACUUGGUCCAAGCCGGCGUUGAGAGAGGAGAGGUUGUUAUGGUAUACGCCUACCGUGGUGUUGAUCUGGUCGUGGCCGUCAUGGGUAUCCUCAAGGCCGGUGCUACUUUCUCUGUUAUCGACCCCGCAUACCCACCGGAGCGGCAAUGCAUCUACCUUGACGUUGCGCGCCCGAGGGCUCUUAUUAACAUUGCAAAGGCGACAAAAGACGCCGGAGAGCUUUCUGAGAAGGUUCGCAGCUUCAUUGAUGAGAAUCUCCAACUCCGGACCGAGAUUCCCGCCCUUGCCCUGCUUGACGACGGUGAGCUUCUAGGCGGCUCCAUCGAUGGCCAAGACGUGUUGGCCAAGCAGGUGCCGCUGAAGUCAGAGCGGGUGGGCGUUGUUGUUGGCCCAGACUCUACCCCCACGCUGUCGUUCACUUCCGGCUCCGAGGGAAGACCCAAGGGUGUUCGCGGUCGUCACUUCUCCUUGGCGUACUAUUUCCCGUGGAUGUCAGAGACAUUCAAGCUCACCCCUGACGACAAAUUCACAAUGCUUAGCGGAAUUGCUCAUGACCCUAUUCAGCGUGACAUUUUCACACCUCUCUUCUUGGGAGCCCAACUUCUAGUACCGGCACGUGAGGACAUCCAGAACGAGAAGCUUGCUGAGUGGAUGCGGGAAUAUGGAGCUACAGUUACCCAUUUGACCCCUGCAAUGGGUCAAAUUCUUGUCGGUGGUGCUUCUGCACAAUUCCCUACUCUGCACCAUGCUUUCUUUGUCGGGGAUAUCCUGAUCAAGAGAGAUUGUCGCUCUCUCCAGGGGCUGGCCCCGAACGUCAACAUUGUCAACAUGUACGGAACCACUGAGACUCAGCGUGCGGUCAGCUACUACGAGAUCCCGAGCUACUCUAGCGACGGCGGAUACUUGGAUACUAUGAAGGAUGUUAUCCCAGCAGGUCGAGGAAUGGUUGAUGUUCAAAUGCUCGUGGUAAACCGCUUUGAGCCCAGCCGCAUUUGCGCUGUGGGCGAAGUUGGUGAGAUCUACGUUCGUGCGGCUGGUCUUGCAGAAGGUUACCUUGGUUCGCCCGAACUCAACGAGAAGAAAUUCAUUACCAACUGGUUCGUGGACCCCAAGACAUGGACGGAGAAGGACAAGGCGGAGUCGCAAGGUGCGACUGAGCCCUGGAGGGAGUUCUAUGUUGGGCCUAGGGACCGCCUGUACCGCAGCGGUGACCUUGGUCGAUACACUCCUUCUGGAGAUGUUGAAUGCUCCGGUCGUGCCGAUGACCAGGUGAAGAUCCGUGGUUUCCGCAUUGAGCUUGGUGAAAUCAAUACUCAUCUCUCUCGCCAUCCUCUCGUACGAGAGAACGUGACGCUUGUUCGACGCGAUAAGUUUGAGGAACCCACCCUUGUCAGCUACUUUGUGCCUGAAAUGAGUAAGUGGGCCUCGUGGCUGGAGAGCAAGGGCCUGCAAGACGACCAAUCCGCCGAAGGUAUGGUUGGCAUGUUGAGGCGGUUCCGACCUCUCCGUGACGAUGCUCGUGAGCUUCUCCGUAGCAAGCUUCCAGCUUAUGCUGUGCCCACCGUCUUCAUUCCGCUUAGGCGUAUGCCAUUGAACCCCAACGGCAAGAUUGACAAGCCGGCUCUACCGUUCCCUGAUACUGCUGAACUCAGCGCAGCCGCACCUCGCCGCAAGUCGUCCGUACUGCAAGCUCUCUCAGAAACCGAACAGGCCCUCGCUCAGAUCUGGGCUCAACGGAUUCCCAACGUCACAGCUCGCAUGAUUGGUCCUGACGACUCUUUCUUCGACCUCGGAGGUCACAGUAUCCUCGCGCAACAGAUGUUCUUCGACCUCCGCCGCAAGUGGCGCGGCGUUGAUAUUAGCAUGAACGCCAUCUUCCGCUGCCCUACCCUCCGCAGCUUCGCUGCUGAAAUCGACCGCCUGCUCAGCUUCGAGUCCUUCGCGAGCAACGACGACAAGAACGCCACUGCCGAAGCCGCCCCGGACAACACGCCCGACGACGAAUACUCCCGCGACGCUCGCAAGCUCGUCGAUUCCCUACCCGAGUCUUUCCCAACUCGAACAGAGGACAUCCUCGCCAGCGAACCCACAAUCUUCCUCACUGGCGCUACCGGUUUCCUCGGCGCUCACAUCCUGCGCGACCUCCUUACCCGCAAGUCCCCUUCUGCAACUGUCAUCGCGCUCGUCCGUGGUAAGAGCCCCGAGCAGGCCCUUGAGCGUGUCCGCUCUACCUGCCGCGCCUACGGCUUCUGGGAGGACUCCUGGACAUCCAGACUCGAGUGCAUUUGUGGCUCCCUCGGUGAUGCUCGCUUCGGCCUCACUGAGUCAGCCUGGGAUGACCUGACCCAACGCGUCGACGCUGUCAUCCACAACGGCGCCCUCGUCCACUGGGUCUACCCAUACUCCACCCUCAAGCCCGCCAACGUCCUCGGAACCAUCGACGCCCUCAAGCUCUGCGCCACCGGAAAGCCCAAGCAGUUCUCCUUUGUCAGCUCGACCAGCGUGCUCGACAGCGACCACUACGUGGAAGAAUCCGAGCGCAGCAUCGCCGCCGGUGGUGCAGGGAUUAGCGAAGACGAUGACCUGGAAGGCAGCAGCGUCGGCCUGGGCACGGGUUAUGGCCAGAGCAAAUGGGCUGGCGAGUACCUCGUCCGCGAGGCUGGUAAGCGUGGCCUGAAGGGCACGAUCGUUCGCCCUGGUUACGUCCUCGGUGACUCAAGCAGUGGAACCACAAACACAGACGACUUCCUAAUCCGCAUGAUCAAGGGCUGCAUCCAGCUCUCAGCCCGCCCCAACAUCAACAACACCGUCAACAUGGUUCCCGUCGAUCACGUCGCGCGCGUCGUCAUCGCCGGCGCCUUCCAACCACCCGUUAGCCCUAUCGGUGUCGCCCAAGUAACAGGCCACCCGCGCCUGCGAUUUAACCAGUUCCUCGGCGCUCUCCAGCUAUACGGGUACAAUGUGCCGCAGGUCGACUACGUGCCUUGGUCCAAGCUGCUGGAGCAGUAUGUCAAUGAUGGGAAGCACGACGACCCGGAAUCUCAGCAUGCGCUCAUGCCACUCUACCACUUUGUCACGGCGGACUUGCCGUCAAAUACGAAGGCUCCGGAAUUGGAUGACGUGCAUGCGGCCGCUUCAUUAAAGGCAGAUGCUGCGUGGUCAGGUGUAGAUGUCUCCAAGGGCGCCGGUGUAACGGAAGAGCUAGUCGGGCUCUACGUUUCCUACCUUGUUUCGAUCGGAUUCUUACCCGCGCCGUCAGUUUCAGACUCAGCUUCAGCCUCGGGCUCAGCGGUUCGUCCGCUUCCUGCUGCGAAGAUCACUGAUGACCAGAGGAACGCCCUUGCAGGUGUCGGUGGCCGAGGCGGCACAUCUUGA